AUGGUAUCUAUGGCAAAGAAAACUCUGUACAAGGCACCGUGCGACGGGGAACCAGCAAAGAUUUUGCAACCUGAACCGAGGCCAGAAUCAAUUAAGCAACUCGAAGAAAACUCAACGCAAAAUCCAAAAAAGUUCAAAAACUUCAACGAGUAUCUCAGCAACCGACCGGAAGGCAAAGGGAUUAUCAAGUACUACGAGGAACACAAAACUCUAACGAACAGUCUAAGAAACGACUUGGUUAAGAUGAUCUUGACGGAUGCAGUUGUGGAGGAGAUAGAACUGAAUGCCAAGUUCAAUGAAGUGAUGACCACGAAGAUAAUUACCAUAUUUCCGACUGAAAUUCCUGACACGUAUUACAAAUGUGGACAUACAACAAGUUCAGGAUUGCGAGCUGGCUCGACUGGCAAAUUUAUCAAAAGGAAAGCCGCAGUGCUUCAAGCUUUGGGUUUAAAAAAACCAAGAAGAAAUGGUCCUGCGCAAAGUUCAGAAGCAGUCGCGACAACAACCAAAGAUCAAGAGCAAUUGAAUGCAAGAGCCUGGCUCGAAUACGGCCGGUCACCAUCGGAUAUGCUACGUCUGAAUUGGGAUGCUUGUUACGAGUUGCGAAAAUCUGAUAUAGAGAAAGCGAAAGAUCUGGUAGAGAUCUUUAAUCUCUAUCCAAUCUUUAAACACCCUAAAGUUACAUGUCUGAUUGAGCUGGAUUUCGAACAAAUGUAUCCUGGGGCGACCAAGAAUUUUUAUUCUUGGUUUCCUUUGCUACAUCAGAAAUUAGACAAAGUAAUAAAGGAUGCGGUGUCAAAAGACAAGACAUAUCAGUCGUUGUUCGAUGCCUAUGAAAAUGAGAAGGACGGACAUCGUAAGGAUUAUUUGCUGUGUAUGCUUCUACCGAUCAUAAUCCAAACUAACUAUCGCAUUAAAGGAAACUGGAAACCAUCAGUUAAGGAAACCCAAGACAGUUUCAUCUUGGAAGUGCAGGUACCAAUACCAUUUACAGCGAUGAGUACUGAAGGUUUAAUAUGUUUCAUCUGUCAACGAAGAUUUUCAGAAGCAAAAUUGCUAAUGAAACAUUUGUCUAAUGUCAGUUCCCACAAUUUGAAUCAACACAGCAAUUUCAAAUGUGCUCAAGAAAACUGUAGUAGAGAAUAUACCAAUAGCAGAAGUUUUUCUCGACACAUUAAAAGGGAACAUCCUCAACAAACAGUGGAAGACUGGACGUCAAAAAAGUUACGCAAUGUGCAACCAGAUAAUGAUUCGAUAGCAGCGGACAUCAGAAAUAACGAUGUCAGCACAACUGAAGCCGAUUACGAGCAGCCAUGUUUAGUGAAUGGAUCGUCGACGAACCCUGGAACAUUGGAUGAUAAUGCAAUUGAAGAUGAGGAUUUCUGGGAAGAUUUGAGACGACAGACGGCAGGUGACAUUGAAGGCAGAAUCGAGCAGCGACUCAAAUUUCUCACCGAGAAAUUUGGCAGUGUUUCUCUACAGCCUCAAAUUGUCGUAGUGGGCCCGGAUAGAGCGCUGACAGCGAUAAUGGUCAUUUUCGGUGGCGCUGAGUAUACUGCGGACAACAUACUACAUGCUGUGUGCAUUUGCAUGCACAUAACAUAUGUGUUGAACCUGCAGUAUACUCCGGACUGUAAACCGCUAUGGCUUUUCAUCCAGGCAUUUCUUUUCAAAAUACCAGCGUCAAUAUUGCAGCUUCCAAAAACCAAACAUAACCACCACGACGACGACCGAUGCGACAACGAACGGGGAUUGCAACCGCCACGAUAUGAUUAUGUAGAUGAUGACGGCACGGUGGCGGUGGACACACUCCACGGGCAAUGCCAACGAUGGCUGCGGGACUUUCACUGUAACAACGUGCUCUGCACCGGGUGA